AUGGCCAGUCAAAAGCGCUUCCCAAAACGCUUCUUUGUCGUUAAAGCUGUCACCGAUAGUGCCCAGCAGCAAGUGGAGCUGGACCUGGUGACCACCCUUUCAAUCAAUGACCAAGUGGAUCGCUACAAGUGCUUUGUCCGUGGAAACUGGUACUGGUCGCAGCUGGGUAUUGAAGUCGGCGACACGGUCAACGUUCUUGAUCCGAUCGAAGAGAAGCCUAAAGAUGACGCCUCCGAGGUCUUGGCUACUUUGAUCGUUGACAAUGACAACGGAUUAAUUGUCGUCCAGCCGGAUAUGCUCAUCUCCACUACCGCCUUGAUGAACUCUAGCUACUGUAUGCGAAAAGCGUGGCUCUCACGUGUGUACCAGGGAGGUGGCGAUGCCUGUAAAGCCUUUCUUAUCGGCAACAUUGUUCAUGAACUAUUUCAAGAAUGUCUUCGUGCGAACAAACUCUCUGUAAGCGAAGUUGACGAGUACUUCAAAAAGAAUCUACUGAACAGCGCUACUUUGACAUUGUAUGAACUCGGGAUGUCGCAAGCUGACCUUAUCAGCGAAAUUCAGCCGUACAUCAAAUCCAUCUCUUACUGGCUUGAAACGUAUCUCAGCAAAAGUUUUAAUGACAAGAGAUUGUUUCUUAUUCAGCGUCUUUACGAUAUUGAAAAUUCAAUUUGGUCAACCCGCUAUGGACUGAUUGGAAAGAUCGACGUUACUCUUGAAAUUAUUCCCCGAGACUUGUCCAUAAAAGUGCCAACUCGAAGCUUGGUUCCACUCGAACUUAAAACUGGCAAAAGCAGCUUCUCAGCUCAGCACAGUGGCCAGGUGAUCCUGUAUUCAGCAAUUAUGGCCGAAAAGCAUCCGCAUUUGAAGUCGAUUGAUGGCUACCUAGUGUACCUAAAAGACGAAACAAAAACCGAGCUUGUUAAGGGAAAUCGCAACACCUUUCGAGAUAUUAUGGUUAUGCGAAACAAAUUUGUUCGCUUCUACGAUCGAUUCAGCAACGCUUCUUUUAAGGAGUUUUUCCAAAUCAACGACUUGGUGGUCAAAGGUCCUGAACCAACGUAUAACACUCGAAGCUGUGAAAGAUGCGAGCAUCAGCUCGAUUGUGCUCUAACUUACAAGUGCUUUGAUUCGAAGUUGCUGAACAAUCAAAACUUUGAAAUUGCUACCACUGCAACUGCACAUCUGUCCCCUGAUGACUUUAAAUUCUUCACUGAUUGCAUCACAUUGCUUGAAGUCGAAAAACAGCAUGCGAUUACUUCGGAAAAAUCGGCGCACUUUUGGAAUAUUCGUUCAGAGGACUGUGAACGCUCAUUGAUUGGCCUAAGUAAGAUGCAAAUCAAGUUUCAAGGUAAUAGUGAGGUCACUUUUUCUCGUUCUUCUCGAGCCACUGAGAUGCUACCUCUAAAACUGCUGACUGCCAACGAGGAUGCCACUGUGAACUAUGCUUUGUUUGAAGAUCGACGUGUUGUCAUUAGUGAGGAGCUAGUCAGUUCACUGAAGACUUACGAACUCUAUGGCAGCUUUUGCAAGCAGCUUUGCGUCGCUAUUGGUUCUGUUAACAGAUUUUCAAAUGAACACAGUGUCAUCGAAAUUGUUUUAGAGAAGGAACAACUUAACCGACUCAAUUCAAACGCUGUGUUUCGCAUUGACUUUCUCCAGAACCUGAGCAAUCGUCCAAUGGCUAUAAACUUUUCAAACAUUCUUCGUCUCAUGAGCCCAGAAGAUGAACGCUGUCGCGAACUACGAGACAUUGUCAUUCGAGGUCGCUUUCCGGAGCACAACAUCAACACCUGCAAAAUAUCGUCUUUCUCAAAGAUUUUUGAAUCGCCAGUUCUCAGCCAUCUGAACCCUCAGCAGAGAAGGGCCAUUCUCGGAGUCCUCAAAACUCGCUGUUCACUUAUUUUUGGCAGUCCCGGUUCAGGAAAAACAGCAACGAUUGUCGCACUGCUUCAAAUUCUGGUUCAACUGGGCUUCUCUGUUCUGGUCACCACCUACACGCAUGUGGCUGUGGAUAACAUUUUGCUGAAACUGGCCAAAGCCAAUGUCGACGAUCCAGUUUAUACGGACUUUUUGCGAGUCGGCUCAAUGAAGCGAAUUCAUUCACAGCUCAAGGAGUAUUCGGACAGCUUCCGCACAAAAGACUACAUUGAAAAGGGUGACCUUGCUUCCCUGGAGUCGCUUUACAGGUCGGUGCCCAUCGUUGCUGCAACCUGUCUCGGAAUUGAUAGUCAUCCCAUAUUCGCCCAGCGUCAGUUUGAUUUUUGCAUUCUCGAUGAGGCCAGUCAAGUCUUCCUGGCUACCUCUUUGGGGCCAAUCUAUCGGGCAAACAACUUUGUUUUAGUUGGAGACCAAAAGCAACUGCCGCCAGUAAUUCAAAAUCCAUUUGCUCGCAAAAAUGGUCUGGAGGAAAGUCUCUUUGCGCGCCUACUGAAGUUUGCAGAUAAAGAGAACAUUCUUGCCAGUGGCGAUACGGCGGAAACGUUUGAGCGUUUUGAAGAUUACGUCAGCAAGCAAAAUGUGAACCAGAUUGACGGCGUUCGCAUAUUUCCUCUCUUUAUUCAGUAUCGAAUGAAUCUCACCAUCAUGGCCCUUGCCAACAAGUUGACCUAUUCAGGAAAACUUCGCUGUGCCAAUGAUGAAAUUGAACGUGCCACUCUGAAUCACUUCUUGAAGCCGGAAAAUACUGACACUCUCAGUCAGGAAGGCACUAGUCUGUACCUGAGCAAAGCCAUUAGCGCCUCUCUUGAUGACGCAGUCAUAUUCAUGGACACUUGCGGAAUUGCAAAGGCUGUCGAAAACAGUGCUCCCAAAUCGCCUACUGAUUCCGGUGGUAAUCUCUCGACUCCAACGAAAAGCAGCAUCGGCGGCUACGUCUAUAACAACUUCGAGGCGAUUAUUAUAUCGCGAUUGAUUCAAACUUUGCUCAGCAUCUACGGCAAGGGCGGUCUUACCGGUGCCGACAUCGGUGUCAUCUCCCCCUUUCAACGUCAGGUCGCGCACAUCAAGGAGGUCAUUGGCGCGGAGAUUGUCAAUGAGAAGCACAUUGAAAUCAACACCGUCGACCAGUACCAAGGACGCGACAAGGAGGUGAUCAUCUACUCCUGUGUGAAGAGCUCCGAUGAUUUGCUGGACAGUUACGAUUCACAGCCGUCCAGUCUGUCAACCAUUGUCGAUUCAGAGCUUCUCAAAGACGAACGACGCUUGAAUGUGGCCGUUACUCGUGCCAAGAAGAAACUGAUCAUCAUUGGCAAUCGGCGCACACUGGAUCGCUACCCUCCAUUUCAGAGCAUGUUUUUGCAUCUCAACUCAUCUCAAUUUGUGCCACUUGUUUCACUCAACUGUGAUGAUGUCAUUCAUUCAAUGGAUUAA